AUGUCAAGCUUCCGGCGGGCGACGAGCGCGGCCGCGCCGCUGCGUGGCACCAAGCCGUUCAUCAACAACCAAGUGCUUACGUCCAGCGGUCUGCGUGAGAUGGACGCGCUGCUCGGCGGCGGUCUCCUCCUCGGGUCGCUCACGCUCCUCGAGUCGUCCUGCUUUGGCUCGUACAGCGCCGACCUCCUGCGGUACUUUGCCGCCGAAGGCUUGGCCAACGCGCACACGGUCGCGGCCGACAGCGCCGUCUUGGAGUCGCUGCCACUGGAGCUCAGCCUCGCGCAAAAGCAAGUCAAGGCACAGGUGCAAUCCAAGCUCACGAUUGCUUGGCAGUACGAAAAGUACAGCGCCGAGGCUCCAACGAGCAGCAGCAGUAGUAGUGCCCAUCGGUUUUGCCAUAGCUUUGACCUCUCCAAGCCCAUGGCAAGUGAGAUGAAGGAAACGAGCGUCGAAAUUAGUACGCUUCCCGGCAUGGCGUACCGCGAUGUUUACCUCCAGCUGGUCUCGUUGCUGGACGCGACGCCGCCCAACGUAGUCGUGCGCGUCGCGCUCAGCGACGUCGGAUCGCCCGUCAUCUACAGCGAUGUCACGAACGCAGCUCCCCUCGUACAAUUCCUGCGCGCGAUCAAGGGACUCCUGCACUGCCACCGCCAUCGCCUCGUGUGCAUGAUGAGCAUCCCGCUGUACUUGUUUCCACGGUCGCUCGCCGCGCAGCUCCGGCAUAUUGGCGACUAUGCGUUUGAAGUGAGCUCGUUCCUUGGCGACCUGCAACAAGUGCCCUCCGAGCUCCAGGAGUUUUCCGGGCUCUUUUGCGUCCACAAGCUCGCGCGCCUCCAGUCUGUGACGUCCCACACGCUCGAACACGCCCAGCUCGGUAUCAAGCGCGAACGGCGGAAGCUCAAGCUCGAGAACUUGCACCUCCCACCCGAAGGAUCUCGAAGCCAAAAGCAAGAAAAAGCCGUGGACCUCUCGUUUUAA